CCCUGACCCCAUUCGAGUAAAAAUUCCAAUGUAUUCCGGAGGUGAAUAAAAUCGACGUAGCAGGAAGCCAAGAUAAAAACAUAUUAAAUUAAAACUUUUAUAACUCUAAUGCGUUCCGGCCGUUUAGUUUUUUCCUGACCAUGCUUUCUUUCGACUAGUCACAACGAGCUGCGCUCUCACAACGACAUCACGAAAGUCGGCGAUAACAAGUGGCAUUCAUGGAAACGUGGCUGGGUAGGAAUACUGCAAAGUAAAAUUUAGUAGGUGUCACGGUGCCGCACAGAAAUUCCCCACUGCCAUUUCUGAUCCCUACAGAAUUGCUUGCGUACUCGGAAACCAACCCCUAUACUGAAUGCUACCCUUAUAACAGUCCUCUAACUACUUCAGACUUUUUGUUUUCAUCGCUUUCAUGCGUUUGAAGAUCGUCAUGGGAGAAAAAGUGUACACUUCAGAGUGUUCAUGAGAACGCGCCGGGUCGUUAGCGAGAUUUUUAUGUACUUUGAUGCGAUUUUGGUCUUUGAUGUUUUAUUUUAUUAUUAUUUUACAUAUAUAUAUAGCUAUAGGCAUCUGUGUAACUGUCGCUUGUAAAUAAACUUCAUUUUACGUGUAUUUAUUAAGCACUUCUAAGGGUAAUGCGAUGAAUGAGGGACGAGCCGUGAAUUCCUUUGCUUCGAGUCUCUACAAAGGAGCAUUAAGAAAGCUCGUACUUGUAAGCAGUGAUUUCUGUUUGUAAAAUUGUAAAUUAUUUCCUUUUAUUAUUAUUUGAUCAUAACAAUGACUUUUCCUGUUAUCAUUGUAUUACAAUUUUAGGUCUUAUCAGUAUUAUGCUCAGCAAUUCUUUGACGGUAGCGUACAAGUGAUUUUGCCUUUUUAUUUAUUUACUGUGUAUAGUAUACCAUGAUAAUAAUUAUUUGUGAAGCAUACAAGGUAUUGGAGUGUAACUGAUGGAGCUAAAUAGUGGGGUAAAACGACGUUAGGAUUUUUAUAUUCGUUAUACAGUUUUCACAGAGCACGGUAUAAGGUUAUUGGAUAAAAUGACAGGGCAAAGGGCGGGAAGAUUUAAAUCCUGGAGUUUACCUACGUUCAGGAGUAAUUAAAGCGUUUUCAUUAUCGCGACUUUGCAACUUGCAGUAAAUUGCGAUUUAUUCUUGAAUUUUCCACGUCUUUCUAGAUAUCGUGUACCUACAUAUGUAUACCUACCUACAUAUAUAUCCCAUUAAGUAUUUUCAUUAGGAAACUUUUCCUACGUCUUUCCGAUAAUUGCUCCUUAAGCAAUCUUGACGAUCGUGACUUAUUUCGACCCGAGCCUUCCGAUUGACUAAAUAAUUAUCACGAAUUGCGAACGCGACACGAAGUGCAGAUACAAAAAAAAAGUGGGAUAUAUGAACUUACUAAAAAAUUAAAUUUUUCAAAAUAAUAUUACAACUCAAUCCAUCGCUAUUUACCAGAGAGGAUAUAUUUCGUUCGGAAGAGCCACCGUUGAUAAUCGAAAUAAUGGAAAAUUCGCGCGACUAUAAAUUCCGAGCCUACAAUCGGCUUAUCUCGAGCUGGUAGAAAUUGAUGAAGGGCGAAAACGAUGAAUAUUCCUUGUUUACAGUAAUAAAUAAAUACAUAAAAAUACCAUAAAUUACGUAUUAAUAAAAAAAAAUGUAAAAUCUCAGUUUUACCCAUGACCAAUAGCUACUUCGUGAAAUUACUUAAAUCAAAGAAAAUUUAAUAGCCAGCGAUCCGAUCCAGCAUUCGCUAUUUAUCCGUGCUCUAAUUUUUCCUCAUGUAGAGUAAGCAGGAACUGUAGUGCUUAAUGAGAAUGAAUUUGAUUACUUUCUUCGGUCUUAAUGAAUUAAUCAAUAUACCGUUACGUACAUAUAUAUUUUCCCGUUACGUAAUCACGUUGAAAGUAUUCUACGUAUACGAUUGGUAAAAUUUGUCAAAAUGCCAGUGAUUGAUCACUCCUCGCUGAUCUGACCGAUUAACUAUUAUCCGUGAAAAUAGUACCUAGUGUUUUGUGUAUUUCUUAAUUUCCCGGUAAAAUUUCCUUGCGUGACACAUGCAAGUGACAAAAGUCUUGACCCGAGUAUAGCCUAGUACAUGCACGAUGGCUACGAAGGUGCGUGAUAGCGGUAACUUUAUCGAGCGACCUGCUAGUCCAGGUUAGAAUCGAUUAUUCCAGGCAGCAACCCUAAGCUAACUUGGCAGUUCAUCAUGGAAGGUCGUUCGGGCAGCAUUAAGGAACCCCCUUCGCUCGGGUCGCAGGGCAAUGGGCCAGAGGUCAAAAGAAGCUCCGGCGGCAGUAUAGAACUGGCAGGUUACGACGAGACCAGCAGCCCUUCCAAGGUACCCCGUAAGUUUAUCGCCAAUUGGAGACAGGCUUGCGACAGGACGCGCGACAGGACGAAGGAGCUGCUCAAGAGGUGGCGAACGGUACCAAAUCACGAGGAGGCCUUCGGCCGAGCUCCGACUGCGCCCAGAGACCUGGACCAUCCUGGAUGGAGCGUCCAUGUUUGGACGACCUGGGUCAGCCGUUUCCCCAGCGACGAGAGUCUUUCCGGAAACGACGGACCUUGCAAGGACACGAGUGCAGAAGCCCUGGCACCGAUCCAGCGUGACAAGUUUUCACACUUUUUCAUUUAUCUCCUGGAUCACGACAGAGAUGGAUUUAUCGGUAGAAAGGACUUCGAGCUUUUGUCAGAGCGUCUGAGAAGAUUCGCUGACUGGUCGCGUAACAGUCCCGAAUACUUGAGAUUAUUGGAAAUGGAGGAGGGACUGAUAAAGGCCAUUUUAUUCGAGAAGUCAAACCUUGAUUGCGAUACGGAAAGACGCAUCGACCUCGAGGAAUGGCUGUGCUGGUGGGCCAGACUGGUGGCGACCUCUGAUACAUCGAGCUACUCGGAAUUACCCCUUUGGGUAAAGACAAUACCCAGAGUACUUUUCCUGGCCAUUAACACGUCCGGAAGUGGGAGGAUCAGUAAGGACGAGCUUUCAGCUUUUUACGGCUCCGUUGUGGGAUUGGACUACGAGAGGAUAAAUAAUUGCCUCGACACAGCAUACAGAUCCCUGACCUCGAAUGGAGAUCAUCCUUUGGGCUGGAUCCAGUAUCAAUUGGUAUUUGCCAAUUUCUUAUUUGGACGUGGACCAUUUGGACCUGGAGAACAUUUAUUGGGCAUGACCGACUCCUGUAUACUUAGGGGUGAUUCCAUUCCGUUUCCAAUUGAUUAUUCAGCCAUGAACACACCGAAGGGGAAAUUGGAAGUGUACAGUCCUCAUUGCAAGACCAAUAGACGCAGUGUCGUAGUAUAAAGUGGAGGAUUCAUUAUCGAAUCUCAAAUACUUUUAAUGGCUGUAUCGUGGAGACACUGUAUAUAUAUAUAUAUAUAUAUUUUCUUCGUAGAUUCAAUAGAGUAUAGACUGUGUCAGAGGUACUCGAAGUAAAAUUCUUACGAGGUUGAAAAUUUUUCGUUCUUCAUUUGACUUUGUCUCGUACCGAUAAACUGCCGAAUAAAUAAUUAACUCGUACAGCUGUAAUUAAAUUUCACGAAAUAUAAUUUUUGUAUAUGAUCGGCAUAAAAAUUAAAUUUAAAAUUAAUAAUGAAAUUAGAUAAAUUGACUAUGACUAUAAAGGUGUAUUAGAUGGUCUUUUAUUUUAAAAAAAAUUUCGACCUCUCGGAUCAUUGUUAACGUGAAAUUUUCUUAUCUGCUCAAUGCGUAAAGAUACGAGAAGAUAAUAAUUGAAUAUUAAAUAAAAAAAAAAAGUAACGAUGUGAGUAAAAAUUUUGAGAAGUCUUGAAAAAAAAUGUUUAUCUACGUUGUCGGAUUAAUUGGAACCGUUGUAAUUACGAUUGAAAUAAUAAAGCUUUAACUGUGGUGCUCGAUACCAAAAAUAUUAAACGUCCAAA